AUGAGCUUUUUCUCUUGUGACGCAAAAAUUAAAAUUACCAAACCAACGAUUCAUCAACCAAUGGCUAGAUUCGGAACCAACGUUUUCAGAGGAAAGAAAGAGCAAGAGCUAUAUGACAAGACCAUAGCUGGGCGCUAUUCCAAACUUGUCAAGAAAAACCACUUCUUAUAUCUAGGGCUUCCAUUUUUGCUUUCGAUUGUUGCAGGAUCAAUCUACCUUCAGAAAUUCACCAGCGUCAAGUGGGAAAAAUACGAUGAGAAAUACCGCCAGCUAGGAGAGGAGGAAAUGUUGGAUAUGAUUGAGAAUAAGAGAAAGGUUAACAAGAAAGAUGAUUACUAUAGGCUUCUGGGGUUGUUAACAGAUCAUUUGGAUAAGGUGGAGGAGGAUUAUGAGAUAAAAAGAAUUCACAGAAAGAAGGAAGAUGAACCGGUGUGGUGGAGGAAGUAA